AUGCCACGCAAUGUUCUAGAGGGAAUCUCGCCUAUUGAACGCCUUUCUGAAAUUGACAGAAUUGAUCAAGAGACGCUGCUGGUAUUCCAAACUCUGUUUGAUGAUGGUGCGCAAGAUAAAGAUCUUCUUUAUGCGCGACAGGCCAGUGGGAAAUCUGGCUUGCUCCUCCUGGAGUUUCUGGUCCACGGCCUUAUGUCUUCAGAGGAGGACGAUGCUAAACACCUUGCCCCGAACCAAGAGGAUGAAGAGGAGAAAAACAAGAAAAUCCACAGCUGCCAUCAGUGCAGGAAAGCUUUCAUACCAAAGCCUGUGCUGCAGAAAAAUACCUUAUUAGCAGAGUUGGUGGAGGAUCUGAAGAAAAAGAAGACUGGACUCCAAGCUGCUCCAGCUGAUCACUGCUAUGCUGGACCUGAAGAUGUGGCCUGUGAUGUCUGCACUGGGAGGAAGCUGAAAGCCAUCAAGUCCUGUUUAUCUUGUCCAGCCUCUUACUGUGAGAAACACCUCCAACCUCACUAUGAUGCAGCUCCAUUAAAGAAACACAAGCUGGUGGCCCCCUCCAAGAAGCUCCAGGACAACAUCUGCUCUCGUCAUGAUGAGGUGAUGAAGAUUUUCUGUCGUACUGAUCAGCAGAGUAUCUGUUAUCUCUGCACAGUGGAUGAACAUAAAGGCCAUGAAACAGUCCCAGCUGCAGCAGAAAGGACUGAGAAGCAGAAGGAGCUCGAGGUGAGACGACUAAACAUCCAGCAGAGAAUCCAGGAGCGAGAGAAAGAUGUGAAGCUGCUUCAACAGGAGGUGGAGGCCAUCAAUGGCUCUGCUGAUAAAGCAGUGGAGGACAGUGAGAAGAUGUUCACUGAGCUGAUCCGUCUCAUCCAGAAAAGAAGCUCUGAUGUGAAGCAGCAGGUCAGAUCCCAGCAGGAAACUGAAGUGAGUCGAGUCAAAGAGCUUCAGGAGAAGCUGGAGCAGGAGAUCGCUGAGCUGAAGAGGAAAGACGGCGAGCUGGAGCAGCUCUCACACACAGAGGAUCACAGCCAGUUUCUACACAACUACCCCUCACUGUCAGCACUCAGUGAGUCUACACACUCAUCCAGCAUCAAUAUUCGUCCUCUGAGCUACUUUGAGGAUGUGACAGCAGCUGUGUCAGAGACCAGAGAUAAACUACAGGACAUUCUGAGAGAGGAAUGGACAAACAUCUCACGGGUGGUGACUAUGGUGGAUGUUUUAUUGUCACCAUCACAACCAGAGCCAAAGACCAGAGCUGGAUUCUUAAAAUAUUCAUGUGCAAUCACACUGGAUCCAAACACAGCAAACACACAUCUGUUAAUGUCUGAGAGGAACAGAAAAGCAACAUUUAAGGAACAACAGCAGCCUUAUUCUGAUCAUCCAGACAGAUUUCUUCCUUGUUGGCAGGUCCUGAGUAAAGAGAGUCUGACUCAACGUUGCUACUGGGAGGUGAAGUGGAAAGGAAAGGUUUAUGUAGCAGUUUCAUACAAGAAUAUCAGCAGAAUAGGGAGGUUAAAUGAUUGUGUAUUUGGGUUAAAUGAUAAAUCUUGGGCAUUGAGUUGUGAUAGCAAGAGUUAUAAAUUUUUCUACAACAAAGUCCAAACUGACCUCUCAGGUCCUCGGUCCUCCAGAGUAGGAGUGUACCUGGAUCACAGAGCAGGUAUUCUGUCUUUCUACGGCGUUUCUGAAACCAUGACUCUCCUCCACAGAGUCCAGACCACAUUCACUCAGCCGCUCUAUGCUGGACUUAUGCUUUUUGAGCGAGGAGACACGGUAGAGUUCAUUAAAUUGAAAUAG